AACAGAUUCAAGGGUAGAGGGGGUGAAAGAAAAAUGGCCACCUAGCGAAAAUCGAGAAAUACGAAAAAACGAACGGGUGUGAUAAUCGAAUGUGAAUACGAGUUGACUGAUUUUUUUACGAAUAAAUCUUCGAAGAACGAACGAAAUGCGUAACGAAAUGACAAUGUACACGUUGAAACCGAUCGUUUCUCUUCCACAAAGGUUGCAUCAUAGUAAAACGAUGUACGAAAUGCAAAAUAUUCAUGAAGAACGAUCAAGAGACAACCAUACGGAAGCCGACAACAAGAUCGUGCCUGAUAUUACUGAGCAGGUUAUCAACUUUUUAAAGAGUCCAUUACCAGAAUAUACUGCACUGGAAAUUAGACAAGAAAAGAUAUUGAUACAACUUGCAGAACUUAAGCAACAAGUAUCAGCACUGAGUAACUUCCUAAAACAAACGAAUCAAGUUACAGUAACCAAUAGCAGUCAUAAAGCUCAGGAAACAAUUACUGCAAAUCUUAUCAUCAAUGUAAAUCCAAGUAGACCACCUUAUUUUAUAUCAGCCCUACAAAAAAUAUGGACUGAUGUUGAUAUUAGAGUACAAACUUACACUCAUUCAAGUAUUAAUAAAACAGGGCCCAUAACUCAUCAGUUAACUACAAGUUCUUCCAGAGAGAAUGUUAUAAAUCUAUCAUUAAUUUGGAAAGAUGUUGAAGACCUUGAACUUACACUUGGCCUACGUGGUUAUCACAUAACUGGAGAAGUUAAUUUUCUAAGAUAUCUAAGUAGGCUAUUAAAUUCGCAUAAUUAUGAAAGUUCUGUUUGUUUAGAAAAAGUAAAUACAAUUGAUUCAAUAUUAGACUUGUGUUAUUGUUUACACUUUAAAGCAACAUUAAAAGAAAAGCAAGAAAUAUUAUCAUUAAUAGCUGAUAAGUUAGCUGCAAAUUGGAUUGAUAAUAAAACACCUGAUAUAGCAGAUAUUGCUGCAUGGUGUACAAUUAAACAAGUUUUUCCAAAGAAGUAUCCAUCUAAAUUAAAUAGGUGGUUUGAUACAUGUGAAAAAUUGUUUGUGUAAAUAAAAAUUUCAUAUUAAAAUGCAUUUAUUAUCUGUA